AUGAAUUCGCCGAAAGUUCCCGAAGGACUUGAAGCCUUCUUGGCCCAUGCAGAAAGCUUACAUCCUUCUGGCAAUCCCAAACGAGAGAACGGCUUUGCUAAAGAAUUUCAGGUAUGUAAUUUGUGAUAAUACUGUAAAAACAGAGUAAAUUAUGUUGAUUUAAAAUCCAUCGUUGUUAUUUCCUUAUUAUCUGUAUGCGGUCUUUGCUUUUAUCUUCAAAAGCGAAACAAAGUUCGAUCGACAUUAGUCUUUUAGCUAUCAUGCUUAUUUUGGUUUCACAAUAUUUACCAUUAACCUUUUUGUCACUUAAGGGUGUAUAAGACCAUUUUUUUAAUUGUGAUUUUUCUUGUGAAAAAUGCUGAUAAACAAACUCAACAGCUGUGCACCCAAGGACAGCUGAUAUGGUUUUAUGUGAAUAUUGUCACAUGACAGGUUUUCAUCCCCAGACAUUACAAACGUCUCCACAAUUGACUUAAUUGGGAAUGACCACACGAGUCCAGUGCAAGUUUGUAAAUAUGUACACAUUCGACUUGCAUGUUUAGGGCUGUCCUCGCGAGACUUAUCGAUUAACAAACUUAUCCUUGGAUUUCUAAAAAUAUUGAAUAGAUCUUUUCAUGCUCAUUCAUCUGUGGAUGAACGCUGUAAACACACAAGUUUGAAUAUAUUUGCAAAUUUUACAGAAGCUAUUUGGGUAUAGCCUUGCUGAGUGAAUGAGCUGAUCAAUAUUUCCUUAAGUUAAAACAGUUUUACAAUUUUAUUGGGUGGUAAUUAGACUUUUGUAUAGUGACAGGGCUCACACAGUCUUGAAAAGUCCUUGAAUUUUAGGAGAAGUCCUUGAAAAGUCUGUGGAUUCCAUUUUUUCCUCAAAGGUCCUUAAAUUUCUGUGCAAGUCCUUGAAAAGUCCUUGAAUUUUCUUCAACUUUGAAUGUAGUGAACUGGAAAGAAUUUUUUGAUGCUUUUUGCUUGUCCAAGACAGAAUAUAAAUCAUAGCUCAGAGAAUUUAAAGGUUAUUUACUUAAAUUGCUCUAUGUUUUAUGCAAUAAUUAACUAUCAGUUUAAGACAAGUGAACUGAAAAAUGUAGAGAAGUUGGUGAAGCAAAAAAUUCAAGCCUUAAAGGUCUUAAUGAUAGACUGGGAAUGUGCAUUUUUGUACAACCUGUGAAAUUAUAUUCCUGGUAGGUGGUCCUUGAAAAGUCCUUGAAAAAUGGUUGCAAUUUAUUGUAUGAACCCUGAGUGAACACCUUGUUAGCUGCAUCUGUGUAGAGGUGGGGUGGCUGUGGUGUCUAGGGACACCCACUUGAUGUGAGUGUGUACCUCUAGCACACUAACAGUUCCACAACUAGUAAUUUCUGUACCCGGCCAUGUAAAAUGAGCCAAAAUUUGAAGCAUCUACCAUAUAGGCAUCAUGGUCCUAAGUUGCCUGCGAAAACAGCCUUUUCUCCUCGCUCCUAGCCACUAGGGAUGUUUUGCCAGGAGGGAUGUCUGCACCUAAAAAACAGAAAUCCCACACUGAUGAUGUAAAAUCUGUCCAGAAUAUGAUCAGGAGCUCUGAUUGGUCGAUGUAGUAGUUACAUUGUUUUAGCUAGCUAUUAUUUAUAAAUUACGGCAAACAGUCACAAUGGUCAAAUGUAAAUGCUAUGAAUCUACCACGUACAACGAAACCGUCAAUACUUGUAGAAUAUACUCUUCCUUAGAAGAAGCAUUAAUUUGAGUUUUGCUUGAGCUCUUUUGCAGAAGAACACAAAACUUUACCAUAAUCAACCAGGUGUAACAUAAGGAAAGGCAACUUUAUUGAUGCUUCAGUGUAUACAGUGUAUUUUAAAUAGCACAUGCACUCAUUUGUGUUGAUUUACCAUAAUCAAAUGAAUAAAUGAGCCAGUAUCAGUGUUAACAACAGAGCAAUACAUCGCAUCUUGGAACAUCAGCACCUUAAACAAAUUAGAGCCAAGAUUUCAAAUUCACAGGAGCAUAUAGCCUGUGAGAAAAUAGCCGACAUUUCAUGAUGCCUCCACUGGUUUUCCUGCAAAAUGACAUCUGAUGAUGUGUCACUGCCCAGGUCUGCAUAGUGCCUCUGAUUGGUUCGAGCAAAUUUCCCAUGCGGCAUGACCAAUCAGAAGCACUUCCCAGUUCUGGGAAGUGAGGCGUCUUCUGUAUGGAAUUUCUGCGCUUGUUUCUCAGACAUCAUUUCACAGGAAACCAGUGGAAGCAUCUCGAAAGGAUGGCUUUUUUCUCAGGCUAAGGAGCAUAUACUACCCAGGUAGAAAUUUUCUACCUAAGUCUUUCCCAUUUGCCCUUGAUCUUUAAUUUUAAGAAUGUGGGGAUUAACUGUCUUGCAGAAAAUGGUUGCCCAGAAUGUGCUUCUGUUAGUUACCAUGUACAUGUAUGUCGUCUGUAGCUCUAAAUACAAAUUCACUAAGGAAAACUAGUUAGGUACAAAAGACAGAUAAGACAGAUGUUUGAAAUUUAGUAUUUACCCAGUGAUAUUAUGUAGCCCUAUUUCUGAAAUCAUGUAAGGCUGAUCUAUCAGAUGUUCCUUCUUUUUAUUUUGGUAGCAAAUAAAGGCUUUGUCAUCUCAACUAAAGAAAAAUACUGACUAUUCAUGUAAUCAUGGGGAGAUGGACUGCAAUCGACCAAAAAAUCGGUACAAAGAUAUUGUGCCAUGUGAGUAUAAAUUCUGUAACAUCAUCACUACAGUUACUAACAGUUUACUGUCCAGGGAUGGACUGAGUGUACAGUUGUGUAGCAGGGCUCAAAAAAAGUCCCAUUGGGUAGCCUGGAACGAGUAGAUUUUCUUACUGGGCAAAUAACUUUCAAAGCUUUUUUGUCCAAUGGGCAAAGGCCAUCCACUGUGAUGAGUAAGAAGUGACCCCUGGCAAGCAAAAUGUGACAGCUGCUUCCCCAAAGGACAAGCUUGAAUUCAGGUUUUUUUCGAGCCCUGUAAGCAGGCUUUUUUAUUAAUCAAUCUGGCUUAUUUUAAUUCCUUUUUACCUUCAGAGUUACUUGUACGCCAUACUGGAAAUCACACUAAAUCACGUAUUAUUUUGAUCCUCCUCCUCAUUAUCAUUAUUAUACCUGCGCUCAGUCAAUGGGUUCAGCAUAUGUAUAGUUUGAUAAGGGGCUGUCCAGACUUGGUGCUUGGGAACCAGUGCCUGGGUAACAGCACAAAAUGGUGUUGUGUUCACACUUUGAGUACCUGAUAUAUGACUGUGUACAUAGUUACUCCAUUUUGCCCUGUCCGAUGCCACUUUGAAAUAUGAGCUUAGCAGCAAGAACAAAGCAGUGGACUGCACGGAACUUACAAAAAUUGUGUGCAGACAGGGACCCAGUGCUCACUUUUGUGCCUGUGUACAAGGUCUUGACCUUAUACUCAGGCACCGGCACUGUGCCCGAAUUCUAGUGUGGGUACCUAAAAAAAGGGUGUGUUCACAUUUGUGCCCAUUGAGUACUGACUUGGGCACUGUGCCUGGGCACCAAGUGUGAAUGCUGCCUAAGUCUUCUCCAAACAGGUCUGUUGUUGGCACUCUCCUGCCCAUGGCUGAGAUCAAUUUAGGCUGUGCUCUAGUUGGGGCUGGUCAUGGCCCCUGGCACCUACAUGUAACUUGUUUUUUCGUAGAAAUGAUGUUCUGGGCACCCUGGAUUUCACAGGUUCAGACUGCUGGGCUUCCUUUAUUUUUCUCACUUCACAGGCAGUUGUCAAUACUUCUCCAUUUCUAUUUCUCUUAGCAACAUUAAUUAUUAAUCUUCAAUCAUGUACAUGUACUGUAUUAUCAACCCUUAAAUAAAAAAAUUUUUCUUGCAUGAAAUGUUUCUGUAGUUGACUACAAUCGCGUCAUGUUACCAACAUUAUCGGGUGUACCAGGAUCAGAUUACAUGAAUGGAAAUUAUAUCAAGGUAAGACCAAAACUCCCUUGUAGCUCUGAAGACUGUUGAGCUUUCCAAAAUUAUUUCUUGUCAUGUGAUGUACACCACGCAACACUCAGUGGCUUCAAAAUUAAUGUAAUCCUCAUGGCAAUACAGGGUGCAAAGAAAGUCAGUUAUACAGCCUGUCAUUUGGGCAAGCUGUAGCUAGCAUGUUCUCGCCCACAAGUCAUUUCAACUAGCCCAAAACACUUUUUGAUUAGCAGGAUUGAUUACAAUCUGUCUGUAAUUUAAAGUUCCCCCCAAAACAGCACUUGCCCGUUGGGCAAAUUAAGAACAAAAAUCACUAGGCCGAUAGCAAAAUCCACUAGCCCCGGGCUAUCGCACACAACUUUCUUUGCGCGCUGCAAUAACUCAUUUUUGUCCUUUUCGGCAAUGUACUUGUGUUUUUGAAUGUAACACAGUCCUGUAAGUGUAGGUGUCAAUAUGUUUGAAGACUCAGCUGAUAGCUAACUGAUGAUGACCAAUUUUUCAGGGUGCGGAUGGAAACACUGCAUACAUAGCCUUACAGGGACCUCUGCCAAGAACUGUAGAUGAUUUUUGGAGGUUGAUUGCUUCUCAUAGAUGCCAGGUGGAUAAUGUGUAUAACUUUUUAUAUUACUGUCAUCUUAGUGGUUAUUGAAUUGUUUUUAUUGGUCCACAUUAGUAUUUAAAGAAAUAUCUCUUUAACUAUAAGCAAUGCAAGGAGGUUUGUACUGUAUGUUAUGGACUGAGUUUUUACUCAAUGUUAUCGCGGCUGUCCAAGGUUGAAGCACACAGGCCAAAAAAUCAACAGGAUAAAAGGAAGAUCUGUAACUUGCAGCACAGACUGAGAAAAUGAGGUUGGCUACAUUGUAGGUAUAGUUAACUGGGCAUACAGAAAAGGAAACUUUCAAAAUAUUUAGGGCACUGUACUCUAGUGGAGUAAGGCCUGUUUCAAACAUUGUGCUAGCUGCCGUUCUAAGCUGGCUUGACUUCAGCACAACUGCAGAAGCACAACUUGGUUUCAAACGUGGAAUUUAACUUAGUCAAAUAAAAUAACUGGUGUGGAAACAAAGCUUUUUAGUGAACUUCUAAAAUGUAUUCUAAUAUAUGUAUUAUUCAUGAAUUGAGUGCAGCGAGGCAGUGGCACGAUGGUUGAAACCAAGACGUGCUACAGCUGUGUAGCACAGCAAAACUUGCCAUGUUUCAUGGCAGUGGCACCACUUGGCCUGAAACAUUGAGCUACUGCUGUGAUAGUUAAAGCUGUUCCUUUAAGUUAGGCAUGGCAGUACAGUUGUAGCAUUUGAAACAUGCCUUGAGGACCUGCAAAAUUGACCAUAAUCACAGCACAUGUAACUGACAAAGUGGUAUUAAUAAAUGAUUUUAUUAAGCUUUUGCCUUUUAUCUGAAUUUUCUUAUCUUACUGCUAGAUCGUGAUUAUGGUAUGCAGAGAAAUUGAGAUGGGAAAACUGAAAUGUAAAAGAUAUUGGCCUAUGAGUAAGGAUGAGAAAAUGAGCUUCGCUGGUAUGCAAAUCUCACUGGUAAGUAAUAUAUCACAUUAUUAUUUUAACAGUUUGCCUGUUGCACCUUGUUCAAAUGAUAAUAUACACUGUAGCAAUGUUUGUUUGAUGGUCCAUCCAUUUAUAAGACCCUGUCCCUACUUGCAGAUCUCUGAAGAAGACAUUGCUGAAGGCUUUGUUAUAAGAACUAUGCAGAUGAAAUCUGUGAAGGUACACGGGUAUAUUUCUUAUGUUUUAUUCUCUUAAGGACAAUCAGCCAGCAUGAUAGUACAAUGUUUUUUUAAAGCCCAUGGCUGUUGGUCUGGCCAGUGUUUGAAGCAGCAUCCUCCUGCUCGGCAGACCAGCACUGUUCCCACUGUGCUAACCUAAACCGGGUGACCAAAAUUAGUUGUCUCAGUUAAUGUGUACAUUGUACUAUACUAUUAGUUUGAUGAUCACCUCUGUUACAACUGACCUCCAAAUCUUAUUAUCUUGGAGUUUUGGAUGGUAAAUCAGGUGAGGUAAUUAACUUGUAUUUAAUAAAAACAAGGGUAAUUUUCCACUGGCUGAGUGUAACGAAUUAAGUGAGAAAUGUUUUUCUCACACAUUGCUGGGGGCCUGGGUAUAGGUCAUGUGACUGAAGGGCAGGCAGUUGCUUUUGUUGCGUCCGUCUUUACUGACCUUCCCACCCCCCCACCCUAAGAUUUCAGUUUUGUAUUCUGUUAAAUGUACGGUGCAACUUUGUAGUGUUUGUUAGUGUCCUACCUUUCUAAGGUUAUGAUAUGUGAGCAUUUUUGAGUUUAAAAUAAAGGUCAGGCUGCGGCGGUCGGCUUGGCAUGGCUACCAGUGGUGUGUGAGAAAAAAAAAUUAAUAUAAGGGGUUUGUUAUGACAGAAAUUUUGCAAUCAUGUUACAUGUACUAUUAAUACAAGACUCGAUCAUUCAUUCAUACCUUGAUGUAGGACCAAAUGACGUGUUCAUGCAUCAUUGACAUUCAUAACAAUUGAUCAAAUUUGUUAUUGAACUAUUAUAAUUCUUUAUUAUUUUUUUUAGGAUGAAAUGACAGUGACCCAAUUACAGUACACAGCAUGGCCUGAUCAUGACGUCCCAAAGUCAGCAACUCCUCUCAUUGAAAUUAGUAGAACUCUUAAAAGUCUCCAAGGCAACAGAAAACAACAAGUUUUAAUUCACUGCAGGUCAGUUACGUCAGUGCUACUUAACAAUAAUAUUAAAGUUACAUGUACCUCUAUUUUUUUGGACUGAGAGGUCAUGUUCCUCAUACUUUAUAAUCAGUCAUGCAAAAAAAUCUCAUAAACAGUCCUCCUAAAUUGCAGCUGAACUUUUUGAAACUGAAGUUUCAUGUUAGAUUUCUUGGAGAAGAUCCACUCAUUGCAUUAGCCUAUGUACAUAAUUAUGUUCUUUCUGCCUGGGACUAUAUCCUUCCCAACUUCUUUUCACAAUGUUUCUGCAUAGAGGCAAUCCAUUGCUUUGGAUUGUUUUCUUUUAUGUACUUGCCUUUAAAGUCUCACUGAUGAAAAGAGUCUGCUAUUCAAAAUACUUUAAAAUUUGACUUUCAGUGCUGGAUGUGGUAGAACAGGAACAAUCUGUGCUGUAGAUUAUGCUUGGGAUCUGCUUAAGAUGCAAGUAAGUGCAAGUUAAGAAAAUAAAAACUAACAAGGUACUUUUAUGUGUCUUACCAACAUCUCAUUCUGUUCUGUUCCUCUCCAUCCAUCCUCAUUCAUCUCAUCUGUUCAUGCAUGCAUUCCAUCACCUAAAUAAAUUAAUUAACAAAUUAAUCAAUUAAUCAAUUUAUACAUUCGUUUUUUGGUUAACUUGUUUUGUCCAUUUUUUAAAAUACUUUUUCUCUUCUUUAAUUUUUUUUCUAUUCCAUGGAUUAAAAUUCUCAUUCCUGCUAUUUGUGUUGCAGAAAACAAACAAUUUUAGCGUGUAUGAUAUUGUAACAAGCCUAAGAAAGCAAAGGAUGGCUAUGGUCCAAACCAAGGUACCUAACAAAACAGAAAUAAUUUGCAGUGUUUUUAAGUAAACAAAAAAUAAAUGAAAAAUCUGCUGCAGAGGGUUUGAACUUCAUAGAACUUGGUCUUUACAUUUCCUUAGGCUAGUGUGGCAAUGACUUUACAGCAACACUGUCAAGCUUAAAAAAUGUAACGUAAUGUUGCUUCGCGCAGCAUGCAAAGAAAGUCGUAUCCGUUGGCCCGGGCCUAAUGGAUUUUGCUAUCAGGCUAGUGAUUUUUGUUCUUAACUUGCCCAACAGGCAAGUGCUGCUUUUUGGGGAAAUUCAAAUUACACAAGGAUUGUAAUCAAUCCUGCUAAUCAAAAAGGGUUUGGGGGCUAGUUGAAAUGACUUGUGGGCUAGUACAUGCUAGUUACAUCUUGCCGGAAUGGCAGGCUGUAAAACUGACUUUCUUUGCACCCUGCUUCAUGUAACCUUCCAUAGCCAGAUGCACUUUUUAAAGGUCAGAACACAAUAGGUGACAUGUUGCUGCAACAUGUCAUCGUGACAAAUCCACUUCUUGUAUGCAGGUCAGGUGACAAGUUGUGCUUUACAUUGCAUCGAAAAAUUGCUUCCUGGUUACUGGAGAAUUGUUGUGAAAAUCUUGGUCUGUGCAACAGAAUUUUGUCCUGUCACAAAAUUCUGUUGUGGAGACAAACAUUUUCACAGAAUUUCGAGAAAACGUUCUGUUUUUGUGAGUGAUUCUAUUUAAAAGACAGUAUAUUUACAGCAGUUAAAAGGGAUGCAAAGUUCUAAACAAGCUAUGUGAAAGGGGUACCAUUUGUCAAUAGAAGGUAUACAAAAGGGGUACCUUUUUUGUGAAAAACGGCGUAUGUUAAAAAGGGUAAGGGGUUGGACCUCGGGGCGGAGCCUCCCCGUAUAAACAUUAAUUGAGUCUCCCCGCCCCCCGGGAUUAUUGACAGCAACUUUUUGAGGAUCCAGCAAGUAUUGGUAGAUUUGAAUCGCAAUACUAAAUCUUCUGUUGGAUUUUAAGGUUAGCUGUACUAAAUCUUGAUAACACUUGCCCUUGAAGAUAAUCAUAUUAACGUGUUUCCAAACAGGAGCAGUAUGAAUUAGUCUACAAAGCUGUAGUCCAACUUGUUCAAGAGCAAAUAGAAGAGGAGAAAUUCACGUUCCACACAUACGUUAAUGUAGAGCUGCCCAAGUCUCCAAAGUCACAGACCUUAUCUGGGGAAUCAAACUAUGAGAACUGUGAGUUUAUUAGAAGCGUUAAUCGGUGGAAACAGAGUGACAUGCAAAAUGGAUCAGUGCCUAGGAAAAAGUUGCCUCUACCGGUGGAAGCUCCAGCAGGUACUAAAUUUGAUCCUAAACCAUCAUUGUCAAAAAAACCUGCGAUAACACCACCAUCUCCUGAUCCAUCAAAAAGACCACCUCUUCCACUACCCUCUCCUGAGCAAAAGCUGACAUCACCUGAUGUAAAAGGAGGCAAAGACUAUGUAAAUGUAGAGUUUUUAAGCUCCAAUGAGCAGAAAAGGAAAUCACCCAUGGAAGUUACAGAAAACAAGCCUGCAAUUCCAGGGAAACCAACAGUCCCUCAUAAACCAAUGCAAAAUUCUGAUGGUGGAAAAAUUAAGGGUCAAUCUCCAACGUCUGGACAACAAAAACCUCCUUCAAUAUCUGAUUAUGAAGUGCUUCCUGGACCACCAUCGACAGCAAGCCCGCCUACAGUGAUUAACACUAGAAAUAAAGGGACAGUCAGUGAUUACGAGAUCCCUCCUGUGGCUUCUCAAGGUGCUAAGAAUCCAACCAGACACGUUCCUGAAGGUAUGUGGAACUAUUAG